AUGACAGGGACCCCUACAACAUACCCUGAGGCCUGCCUGCCUGCGCUGACUGACCUGGACAUGCAUUCCUCGGGGUCACCAUCUCCUACCCCGCCCCCUGGACCGAUGAGGGUCAUCUCCGUCCACAACAAGCUAAAAGAGGGGCAGUCACAGGCGGAUCAUACAGCUUGCUACACUUCAGCACAAGGGCAGCCGAGCACGUGGGGCACCCAAAAUGGCCCCGGCAGUCACACCAUGCAAGCUACACAGCGCACCCGAACCGGAGACCCACAAGGAAGUUAUGUAACGUCUCGAGGCUGCCUUCACCCGGUUCUGGCACGACCUAUGUGA